AUACUCAACAACAAUAAUAACAACAAUAACUGAAAUAAACUUAAUAAAUUUUUUAAUAAUUAAGACAAGCGAACUACUCAUAAGCUGACCUGACCGCUGGCUAAUUUAGAAGCAUCACAGUUGUAUAUAUUGGACCAUAAUGAAUUCACACACAAAACAUCUGCUGCAUUGUGCAUUGCUUGUUGUAGUAAUUUUUGUUUUUGAAAUAUUUUCUGGUGGUAUUAAAAUUGAUGAGAACUCAUUUACGGUGCUCGAUCCCUGGAUCGAGUAUGGACAAAUGGGAGCCAUACUUUUAUAUCUAUUACGUUUUCUAACAUUUCUGACUUUACCGCAAGUAUUAUUCAAUUUUUGCGGUUUGAUCUUUUACAAUGCCUUCCCCGAAAAAGUUGUGCUCAAAGGCAGUCCACUAUUAGCACCGUUCAUUUGCAUAAGGGUGGUGACGCGCGGUGACUUUCCCGAUUUAGUUAAAACGAAUGUAUUACGCAAUAUGAAUACCUGCUUGGAUACGGGUUUGGAAAAUUUUCUAAUCGAAGUAGUUACAGAUAAAGCAGUUAAUUUGGCACAUCAUCGUCGCAUACGUGAAAUUGUCGUACCCAAAGAGUAUAAAACACGAACUGGAGCUCUAUUCAAAUCGCGUGCACUUCAGUAUUGCCUAGAAGAUAAUGUUAAUGUAUUAAAUGAUAACGAUUGGAUAGUGCAUCUUGACGAGGAAACUUUAUUGACGGAGAAUUCGGUGCGUGGUAUAAUAAAUUUUGUCUUGGAUGGUAAACAUCCGUUCGGACAGGGAUUGAUUACCUAUGCCAACGAAAAUGUUGUCAAUUGGCUGACCACGUUGGCCGAUAGUUUUCGCGUAUCUGAUGAUAUGGGUAAGCUGAGAUUACAAUUCAAAUUAUUCCAUAAACCGCUGUUCAGCUGGAAAGGCAGUUACGUUGUAACGCAGGUUGGUGCUGAACGUCAAGUAUCGUUUGAUAAUGGUGUCGAUGGUUCGGUGGCGGAAGAUUGUUUCUUUGCUAUGCGUGCCUUUGCUCAAGGUUUUACUUUUAAUUUCAUUGAAGGUGAAAUGUAUGAAAAGUCUCCGUUCACCUUACUGGACUUUCUACAGCAACGUAAACGUUGGCUUCAAGGUAUACUGCUGGUCGUGCACUCGAAAAUGAUACCAUUCAAGCAUAAAUUAUUGCUCGGUAUUAGCGUCUAUUCGUGGGUAACAAUGCCGCUGUCUACAUCGAAUAUCGUAUUUGCCGGCUUAUACCCCAUACCCUGCCCCAAUCUUGUCGAUUUUGUAUGCGCCUUUAUAGCAGCAGUUAAUAUUUAUAUGUAUGUGUUCGGUGUCAUCAAAUCAUUCUCGUUAUAUCGCUUCGGAGUGGUAAAGUUUAUGGCCUGCGUAUUGGGUGCUGUAUGCACAAUACCUGUUAAUGUAGUGAUUGAAAACAUUGCAGUCGUUUGGGGUCUUGUGGGAAAAAAACAUAAAUUUUAUGUAGUGCAAAAAGAUGUAAGAGUCUUGGAGACAGUUUAAAUCAAAUGCCACAAUGCAACCGAAUUAAACGGUACAUAUAACAAUACAUAUGCUAACAUGCUGUUCAUUUCACAUUCAAAAGAUUUUUGUGAUAAUAUUACGAUAGUAACGGGAAAAACGACAGUUUUUUUGCUUCUUUUUUCCGCGUUCGUUUUUUUUUUUUUUUCAUUAAGUUGAAAUGAUGUUUAAGCAACCCUGCUAUAUUUUGUAAUAUAAGCAUAAACCAAAACAGUGAUGCUAGUAACACUUCCUUUUGCAAUGACAUCAUAUUAAAUUUAAUUAAUUAAAUUAACUAAGUAAACAGAUCAAACCAAUGUUCAUCGCACACAAGCAUCAUUUAAUUUA